GCGGAGGCGGAGGCGGAGGGUAAGAAAGAAUCGCGAGCCCGGUACGCCACGCCGCUGACCACGACUGGCGUGGAAGAGGCUGCACCGGCCCUGAAGGGGGACGAGGAAGAGAAGCCAGAGUGGGUGGAGGAACAGGAGCGAAGAGUGAGUGAGGAAAAUGAACUGAAAGGUCGGGCACGCCGCCGGACGAAAAGUGAGGAUGGGAAGUAUCUGGAUGUAGAGGAUGAGGAUUUCGAGUGGUCGGAGGAAGUUCAGAAGCAGCAGGAACAACAGCUGCGCAACGAGCUCCUAGAGCAGUACCGCUCCCUGAUGGUGGACCGGAACCGCUACCAGCGCUACAACGUACACCUGCAGCACAGGAUCUUCGAGGCGCUGCGCAAGAAGAAGGGCCUGGAAGCCACUGAUAUGCCGGAUAAAGACGUGGAGACCGAGGCCCCCGAGAAAGAGCAAUCGUAUUUACGCUAUCUGGCCGUGCUGGAGGAGCUGAAGAAGCAACAGGCAGACGACCUGCAGUGGUACCACCAGGAGCUGGCACAGAUGAAGCAGCAGUGCCAGGAGAAAGUCACUAGGGUGGAGAAGGAGUGGCGAGGCUUCCAGGCACUCAAGAAGCAAGUAGUGAUGCAAGCCAUGGGCAGCUGUCGGAUGCGAGGUGGGCGCCAGGCCGCUCUGAGGGAGGUGGAGCAGAUCCAGGCAUUGGAGGAUAAAAAGGAGAAGGAGAUGAGCUCUGUGCGGCUAGAGAACGUGCAACUGAAGCAGAGUGUGGCGCAUUUUGAAACCAGGAUGAGGGCGCAGGAGGACUUGUCUGAGGGUCUGCUCCUCAUUGAUUUUGAACAGCUUAAGAUUGAGAACCAGACCUUCAAUGAGAAAGUUGAGGAACGAAAUGAGGAACUUUUAAAACUGCGCAACAAAGUGACCAACAAUGUGCAAAUAAUAACCCACGUGAAGGAGAAGUUGCACUUCAUGGAUAUGGAGAAUGCAUGCAAAAAGACACAGCUUCUGGAAAUUGAGGCUCAGGUAGCCCUAGGAAGGGACAUCUUGACCAAGACAAAACAAGCCCGAGACAGCCUGAGGGUUGACAACAUCAAGCUAAAUCAGAAGUGUGGGCUUCUGGGUAAGGACUCCCUCCUUCAGGAUUUGGAAGAAAAGGUGGAAAAGACAGAACUGCUCAGCCAGCGCCUGGAGUCCCUGAAGCGCCAUCAUGCUGGGCUCACUCUGUCCUGCAGAGGUGUGAGGCAGAAGAUUAGGGAAGCCAAAGCCUUUCUCCCUUCUUGAUACAGUCCAUAGAAGAGUCAACAAAACAUUCUCACUCUCAGCAUAUGUU